UGGCCCACUAGGGUCACGGCAAAUUAAAAAAAGCCACGGCAAAUUAAAAAAAGCCACGGCAGAACAAAGCAAACGCACGGCAAAAGAAAGCGAUCUCACGGCAAAAUAAAUCAAACUCGCGGCAGAACAAAGCAUCUCACGGCAAAGAAAGCAAUCCCACGGCAGAAUACAACGAACUCACGGCAGAACACAACGACAGAAUCCAAGCCACGGCGGAAGUGAGCUUUCAUUUUAAACACAGGAAGACCAAGCUGUUUUAAUUCUGAUCUCGAGCCCGCGAUUUUUUUGGACAGUUACCAAUGUACGGACCACGUGCAUUCGUUCGUUCUCGCUCGGAUCGCUUGCUUCGUGUGCAAAUUUAGUUGCUUUUACAAUCCUUGUCGCAGAAUACCUCUAGAAGUAUGUUUUGCUCUUAUUGUGGUCGCAAGCUAGGCGAUGAUGGAUCUACGUUUUGUGUUUUCUGCGGAAAAGAACUCUCCAAAGCAGUUGAAAACAAACCAUUUGGUAGACCUGCUUCACAUGUAUCUACAAUAAAAUCAUUUGUUGGUUUUAAGAAGGGAAAAGAUGGCAAGCCGACAAAGAAACAGUUAAAAGACAAGAAUAAACCUGAGGAGGCUAAUGAUGUAAUCAUUAACAUUGGGUUGAAAGUAUUUAGUGAGGAAGAGCUCAAGGAUAAAAGAGGAAAGAAGUUGGCAAUAAAAGUGAACAAGCAUGCAUCCUUAAGGAAUUGCUCGAACAAGCGAAAUCGAAAUGGGCCGACUUUCAGAGAAACCUGUAUUCCGAAGGAACUGAAUAUGUCCUACUUUACGAAGACGGCCAAGAGGCUUUGUUCCUUCCUGGAACGUCCAAAGAGUUUUUCACCUUGGAAAAGUAUAAGCAAGCAGCAUUAAAGGACUACAAGCGCAUAACGUUAUAUCUAUGUACGGUCAAUGACAUAGAAGAAUUUAGGAAAGAGGAAAGGGAUAGUGACAGUUCUGAACCUGAAGCUUCUUGUCCAGUAAAGAGGAGCAACGAAAGUGAUGCCUGCAUAGCAACAGAGCCACCAGCCAAGAAACUAACAACAAAUCAUCCAACCAACAAUCAUCCAGGACCUUCAGGCAUAAGUACCAACAGUGGUUCUGACUGGUUUUACUAUGAUGAAAUUGAACGUCUUUAUGGCAAUGAUGACAGCCCUCCACCAAGCAACAACAAAACAAAAUCGCCUAUCCCAGAAAGCGAAGCUGGUGUUAUUGAACUAUUGCAAGAAAAGGUCAUCUCUGAUGGGAAAAUAUCCAUGUUCAUGAUCAUUAGAAGGGGUACACCAGUAACCAGGGCUAUCACAUUGUGGCAAAGAGCAGCUAAGAAAGUUAAUCCUGUUCAUGUGUGUCGUGUGAAGUUUGUAGGAGAAGACGGAAUCGAUGAUGGUGCUUUGGCACGUGAGUUUUUUUCAUGUAUCAUUCCCGAUAUAGCGAAAAAAUUCUUCCCAGAUGGAAGUCCUAUUUAUUCUACCAAUGACAUUGCCACUUAUAGAACAAUUGGGGAAAUUGUUGCAGCUAGCUUGGGCCAGGGAGGCCCAGCCCCAAACUUUCUGGCCCCCUGUGUGUUUGACACGCUGGUGUCACUUGGAGAUCUUGACUACUCCAACAGCAAAGAUCUUCAAAAACAUUUGACUGAAACAGAAUGUAAGCUGUUGAAAAAUAUCAGGCAGGAUAUUGCCAGUAGCACUGAUAUUAUAAUUGACCAUGGCUACACAGGGCCCAUAACCGAUGCAUGUGCUGACUCUAUUCUUGCUGCUGUUACUGUCAGUAUGCUCAGCAGACGGGAGUUGAUGUUAAAAGAACUAAAGAAGGGAAUGGAGCUGUAUGGAUUGGCUGACAUAGUCACCAAGCACCCAAAGAAAUGCAAAGGUCUGUUUGUUAUGGGCCACCAAGAGGAAGUCGACGGGAAUUACUUAUUUUCUCUCAUGAAACCGCAGUAUUCAGCUGUGGGAAGCUCUCGUCGGACCGUAGAAGAGUCAGUAAUGGACAACUUCCAAGACUUCAUAUUCAGCCUUGAGGAUAAAUCACAAGUCUGUAGCUACCAAGAGGCGAUGGCAUGGAAAGCCUAUGGUGCUGAUAGAAAAGAUAUCGAUGAUGAUGAAAAUGAAGACCACAAUACUGAUGAUGGUGAACGGUUCAAUAUAGUUGAUCUGAGCCCAAGUGCAGUUAUGGGCUGGUUAACUGGCCAAAAGCACCGAAAUCUCAGCAAGAAAAUCUCUCCAAUUCAUGUAAGGUUUGACCAUGAUUGCCUUAAGAGGAACCCAAAGCACACAGUUUGCUUUCCCCUUGUUGGGGCAUGUGGGAGGGAGAUAACCCUUCCAGUUGCCCACAUGGCAUCGUUAGAUACUUUUAAGCAAAACUUUUUAUUAGCUUUUUGUAAGGGCCAGGCAUUUUCAAAAUCUUAAAACAUAUUUUUUCAAAAUGGACACUGGUACUCUCAUUCUCAUUUCUAGUUUUCAGUUUAAUGUUCAUGGCUUUUAUUUCCAUUAGUUUUGACUAGUAAGACAUAAUUACAAUGUCAUUUUAUGGUUGUGUUCUCACCAGCCAAAUUAUUAUGCUCAAGUUAUUGGUAGAUGGUAUUGUUUAGAGUGAAUGCAUUGAACCUGUGAAGUAAAAGUUAAUACUGUAAUAGUCAAAUAGACACAAAAGAAAAGUAAUAAAUAGUCAAAUAUGUAUUUCACGGGUUCGUUGCGUUCACUCUAUCGAAGUUGAAUUUGGUUCAAGUAUAUCAGUGCUCACUCAAGCAGAAAGGUCGAAAAUGCGAGGAGGUAAGGGGGACCUGGUUCAAAACCUCAUUUGUUUAGCGGUGAAACACCAGCUGAAACAUAAUGUAAAAAUUGAUCCUGGCCAUAUUGAAAUUUGGGUAGUUACGCUGAACAUAUUUACUGAACAAAUUGAUUUUGUGAUUUCAUAAUGCUUCAAUAUGAAAGUUAACAGCUAAGUACUGUCUUGCGACACUGCCUAAUCAGUAUUUCCUUUAUAAUUAUCUUUAAUAAACAAGUGCAUAUACAGGACACUUAGGCUAUUUUAGGGAUGCCGGAGCAUUUUUUUGAUUGGGGGCGAGGGUGUGGGCUAAGCUAUUCAAUUGUAGUUUUUCUAUAUAUGUUUAGCUAUAUUUUGCUUUUUAUCUGUAUUUUUCUUUUUAAAUCUUAAAGUAAUUCAGAAGAAAUCAAAACUUAUUGAGGCAGCUCUAGCACCCCCAACCCCGGUUCCGGCACCCCUGUAUUUGGCCUUGUUUAUACAGAUUGUGCACAGAAAGAUAUAUGAGCCUUGAUGAAUGCUUUAUCUGUUAUUGUUGUUUGUUCCUGUUCUUAAUUUAGAAGUUGCAAAUUAUGAUUUAGUUGUAAUGAUAUUUGAUUAGAGUGGGCAUACUCCAUCCAUGAAACACAUAGUACUGAUUACAGCUAAAAUAGUGCUGAUUAGAUUUUUGAAGAAUAAAAGAAUAUUGUUUUUAGUAA